AUGGUGGUAGAGAAUAGUGGGCUUACUCAAAAAUCUGUUAAAAAGAACAUUAGGAAAGGCGUUGCUAAAGAAGAAGAAAUGCGUACCAUUCUUCGCGAAUGCGAAGCUGCUAUCAACGCAAGACCUAUAGCACAGCUGAGUAAAGAAAAAGAAAAUUUAAUAGCCCUCACCCCAGAAAUGUUUCUAAAAGAAAAACGCGAAGAUGGAGUCCCUGACUUGGAUCAGGUGGGGCAAAUAUCUUUAAAUAAACGACUUAAAUAUCUACAACGACUGAAACUCGAGCUUCGUCAACGGUUCAGAUCAGAAUAUCUCGGGCAACUGGAAAGACACGACAGGCCUCGCCACUCGCAUAUCACGGUCAAGGUAGGAGACGUGGUACUGAUCGGAAACGAUGUACACAAACGCAUAGACUGGCCCAUGGGACAUGUAGUCGACUUAAUUCCAGGUCAUGAUGGUGUUGUGCGAGUUGCCAAAUUAAAAGCCGCAUCUGGACAUCUUGUGCGACCUUUACAACGAUUGAAACCACUCGAGUGCUCGGCUACUCAAAGCCUUAAUGUGCCAGAGGAGGUAGGAAGUUCUUUCUCACUUAAGAAGAACUCGACUUGUCUGGAGCAGGAGGAAACAUACUUAAGCAAAGAUUCUACGCGUGAGGAACCUACCCGCGAGGAAGCUCACGACCGAGAGAGGGAUUCUACGAAUUCAAGAGGCAUCAGGUCUAAAAGGACUACUUGCUGCGGAAGAACUAUUCAAGUACCCAAGAGAUUUUGUUAG